AUGACCGCAGAAGCAGAGUUAUAUCCUCAUGUUAUUGUGACAGGUACACCAUUUGAGCGUGGACUCAAGCACGGUAGUACAUUGAAAGAGAAAAUUCAGAAGUUGGGAAAUCAUUAUAAGACCAGCGAUACUCUUCCACCAUGGGAUUGGUGCGAGAAUAUCAUCGAAUCUUACUAUAUUCCAGCAUUGCAGAAAUAUGACCCAUUUGCCUUUGAGGAGUUGAAGGGAAUUGCAGAAGGUGCGGAGACUCCUUUGGACAUAAUUAUUCUGAUCAACGCUCGGUACGAUUUGACCAAGUAUAAAAAUAACUCUGAAUGUGCUGAUCAGAUUGCCGACAACUCUAAGACUGCGGAUGAAUGCUCGACUGGUGCAAUAAUCGAUGAGAGAGCAGUUAAGCUUGUCCAGAAUUGGGAUUUGGAUAGUUUUGUGUACGAUCACGAUCUUUGUGUUGUUUUAGAGACACAUACGACACCAAAAGAAGGUCUACCAAAGGUUAUACUUACUCUUGGAGAGGUCGGUCAACUUGGUCGUUCUGGUAUGAAUUCCGAAGGUUUGGGUCUAUGUGCCAACGGUUUGAACUCUAAUGUUGAUUUUUUCAACUUCCCUAGAGACCCCAUGGAUGAAGCCGCAGCAAAGAAGAUCGAAAAAGAAUAUGGAAUAAAGCUUCCAGUCAUUCCAGCUUCUUUUGCCAGAAGAAAGUUCCUUUCGUGUCAUAGUUUUGCUAAUGGUUUACAUUACAUCGUGCAGUCCCCAAGACAUGUUUCCGGUAACAUAUUGGUUGCUACUGCUGAAGGUCUCGCAUUGGACUUCGAACUGAUUCCAAAUUCAUAUUUCCUCAUAGAACCAACCUAUGUGGACGAGAAAACAGGUGCUGAGGUCUUGCCUUCAUUCAAGAGAAGAGCAUUUAUCACGCAUUCUAACCACUUUGUGUCCCCUCGUUAUACGCCGGCUGCAAACUACAUGAGAUGUAAAAACCCAGGCGGUUCCUCACUUUUCAGAAACCACAUUUUGGCAAGACACUUUGUUGAUCUCAUAACGAGUAAGCCAAUGGGUAAGGGUAUCUCUUUCGAUGAUAUUAAGAAAAGUGUCAGCGAUAGAACCUGUGCUCCAAAUUCUGUUUCUGAAUCCAAGAACCCUAGAGGUGAAGCUCAAUUCUCUAACGAGAAAGAUCCUGAGAUGGUUAUGACUGUUGCGACUGCAAUUUAUGAUUUGACAAAUGGAACUGCCAUGUUCUGCAAGGGUCCUCCACAUUCGGCAAAGCAAUGGCUUACUGUCAACAUUGACAUGGAGAAGAAUUAA